ACCCAAAAUAUUUUGAUAUUUACUUUGGUAGAAUAUUAAACUAUUCAUUCUAGAAUAUUAACCCGUUGUUGAAUUCUAAACAUUUUAGCCUUAGAGAUUCACUUGUGAAUUCUUUUCUUUAGGUGAAGCUACAUUUUACAAAUGAAGCAUUGAGAGGGAUCGCGCGGAAAGCACUGUUGAAAAACACUGGUGCUAGGGGUCUAAGAGCCAUACUUGAAAGUAUAUUAACUGAUGCUAUGUAUGAGAUCCCUGAUGCUCAUGAGGCAGGAGAGCAGAGAGUAGAGGCUGUUGUGGUUGAUAAAGAUUCUGUAGGCUCUGCAACAGCACCUGGGCAUGGAGGUAAAAUACUUCGUGGAGAUGGUGCUUUGGAGGCAUACCUAGCUAAGACCGACUUAAAAAACAAAACGGAGGAAACAGUGGAAAUGGAGGUGCAGGACAGGGAAGCAGAAGUAUCUUCCAGAGCAAUGAGCAUGUAAACCGUCCAACCACAAGAUCAUCAUGAUUAUAUUGUGUAUGAACUGCACCUUAAUUGUUGUAAAUUUAUCAGUAUCCAUGGCUAGUGUAUUGUUCCUCUUUCAACACAGUUUGAGAGGGUUAUAGUCACCACAGAACACAAUAUAAGAAUAAUAAUGAUAAUAAUUUGACUGAAUGACGUGGAGGACAAUGUAAGUAUUAUAUCACAUUCUAAUUUUAUUCAAUAGCUGUAAAGUUUCGAUUGCAGUAAAGGGCAAGUGGGAUU